AUGGCUUUUGACGAGAUUUCGGGGUCAUUCGCCGCCUUGAACAUCCAGGAUAACACUGGAACGCAAAGACAACUUCCCUUUUCCUGGAGCGCUUUCCACGCUCAUUUUGAAGACGUUGCUCGCGAUGUGCCUCCGUUUCUGUUCCGAGUUUGCUAUCCUGAUUCUUCUGGCAUAUUAUCUGGCAACUGGAUCCUCUCACAGGAUGCCGCUCAACUCGACACGAAGCCCGGCAGUCAAACGAGUAUGGGCUCUCGGCCAGCUGCAGAAGUGGCCGAUGCUCUCAAUCGACAUCUUUGGUGGCUGCCGAAGAGCCCUGGGCACUCAAACUUCGUCUCAUGGACAAGCUCGUUUUUAUUCGCGCUGAAGCUCGUCAUCUAUUUGCGACAUCGCCGCAAACUAUCGCUUGAGGAGAUCCAUAUUGUCAUUAUAAAUACAAAACGAUUUCCCAAACUGGUAUUCGUCCGGGACGCCUACCUCAUUGAUAAGUAUACCAAAUCACUCAAAGAGGAUGCAAUAUUGUACGACCGGAACUGCUACCGAAAGAGCCUCGAUUCUCUCUGGGAAAUGCGUCAAAAAGGUUAUUACUUUGGCGAGUUCCUUUCGCAGGGGGCGCUUUGCAUCGAAGGCAAAUCCUCAGUUGUCUGUGCUGCAGAACUGGCCCGCUGCGGUAUUUUUGAACUACAUCCGGAAUUUUUGGAAGGUUCUAUUGAAUGGGCAAAUUGGGUCACGAGGCGACGUCAGCAGUGG